CUAUCCUCUACUCGUGUAGAAACUUGAGCUGUUGAGCAUCAAAACCUACUCCAUUUUCACCCAGUCAGCGUGAAACUGGAGUCAAAGCCUUAGAACGUCUCCUUAAACCCUACUCCAUGUUCACCCUUGAGUAGCAUAUCAAAACUCAUCCCCGACCCCACUAAACCCUAGAAAAAAUGUCUUCUUCCGUCGCUUUGCGCCAGGCACGCCACCUCUCAAUCGCCGCGGCCGCUGUUUCGUCAGCUUCCAGCGCCACCAUCUCUAUCUCCAAAGCUAAAUCAAAGCUCAAAGCCGAGCACGACCCCGACAAAGCCCUAGAGAUUUACUCCUCCGUUUCCGACCGUUAUAUUUCCCCUUUGUCCUCCCGUUAUGCUCAGGAAUACACAGUCAAGCGCCUCGCUAAAUCCCACCGUUUCUCCGACAUUGAAAGUUUCCUCGACUCUCACAAGAAUAGCUCACAAAUUACUCAAGAGCCUUUUCUUUCAUCCAUAAUUCGUUCAUAUGGAGUCGCCGGAAUGUUCGAUCACGCGCUUAAUAUUUAUCAUGAGAUGGAUGAUUUAGGCACCCCCAGAUCAGCAAUUUCCUUCAAUGUGCUUUUAUCAGCUUGCGUGCACGCGAAACAGUAUGAUCGUGUCCCUCAGCUGUUUGAUGAAAUUCCGGUAAAGUAUGGAUUUUUACCUGAUAAAGUCUCAUAUGGUAUAUUAAUUAGGUCAUAUUGUGAAAAUGGAUCACCAGAAAUGGCAAUGGAAAGGCUUAAGGAGAUGGAAGAGAAAGACGUGGAGAUUACUACUGUUACUUUCACUACUAUACUGCACUCGUUUUAUAAGAAGGGGAAGAGCGAUGAGGCUGAAAGAGUUUGGAAUGAGAUGGUGAACAGAGGGUGUGGACCAGAUGUUGGUGCAUACAAUGUAAAGAUUAUGAACAUUCAGGGUGGUGAUCCGGAGGGCGUGAAAGCAUUAAUUGAGGAAAUGAGUGAUGCAGGGUUAAAACCUGACACGAUUAGCUACAAUUACUUGAUGACUUGUUAUUGUAAGAAUGGAUUGAUGGAUGAGGCGCAGAAGGUUUAUGAGGAUUUGGAGUCAAACAGGUGCAAUCCAAACGCUGCAACUUUUAGGACUUUGAUCUUUUAUUUGUGUAAGAAGGGACGGUUUGAGACGGGGUAUAAAGUUUUCAAGGAGAGUGUGAGAGUUCAUAAGAUUCCGGAUUUCAGUACACUAAAGUAUUUGGUGGAAGGAUUGGUGCAGAGAUCAAAGUUGAAAGAUGCAAAAGGGAUGAGUAGGACAGUGAAGAAGAAGUUCCCACCUAACUUGGUAAAAGCUUGGACCAAGCUGGAAGAGGAGCUUGGUCUGGCUAAACUUGAAGCCGGUGAUAAGAAGGCCAAUCAUACUAGUUAGGCUUACUAGUUGGAUGUUGAUGGAUGAUAGUGUUCCAUAAUUUAUGAGGGGUUUUAGAUCAUUGAAUUUCUCUUGUUUAUCAUGAGUUCACAACUUGGGAGUUGGGACCUACCAUUUUCUUCCUGUUGAUCCAUUGCUUUGUUUCUCUCGUAAUCAUAACAGUAACUGGUACUUUUGGUCUCUCUUCUGUGAUGGCAUUAAUCAAAUUUGUUGCCACAACUUUGACAAUUAAUAGCUUUUCACAGAUGGUGGUUCAAUGUGAAGGUUCUUUCUCUAGUAUGCCGUUUGCUGAUAGCUGAUGACUUGAAAGGGCUUUGUACACAUUUUCUAUGUACACUUUAUAUCAUUGUUUCUGAGAAGGUGCAAUCUGCUUCCUUCAGUGAAAAAGUGACUGUUAAAUUAUAGAGCAAUUGGGACAUUCUGCUGCUCCGUUGAUCUAGAAGAGAAGCCUCUGUAAGACACUUUUGGAGAUAAAGUUGCUGAAGUCUUGGUUAAUGUUGCACUAUCCAUAUAUGUUUGACAUUUUUUCAUAACCGUAUAACUUGUUAUUCAACUUUAUGAGGUGGUCACUUGUUCGAUUGUUGUGCAUCGCGCUUUGUUGGAGAUAAUGGGAGAUCCCGAGACAGGAUAUCCCUGAGAUAUUGGUUUUAUUAUAGCCUCAUUUCAGGCAUUGACGUGGUAACUAAGGAACCGUCCUUUAUUUUACUCUUGAAUACCACUGUAACUUAUUGAGAAUCUGAGGGUAUAUUGACCUG